AUGUCACCAGAGCGAUCAGGAGGGAAGGAGAAUGGCUGGUAUGACGAAGAACAUCCCUUUCUUCCUUCCGGCUCCUCUGGAAUCGGUAAGACUGAGCUGGCCAAACAGGUGGCUCGUUAUAUGCACAAGGACCUGAAAAAGGGAUUCAUCCGCAUGGACAUGUCCGAGUUCCAGGAGAAGCACGAGGUGGCUAAAUUCAUAGGUUCUCCUCCAGGUUAUGUUGGUCAUGAAGAGGGAGGUCAGCUGACUAAACAGUUGAAGGCGUAUCCCAAUGCCGUGGUUCUAUUUGACGAGGUGGACAAGGCCCAUCCAGACGUACUGACCAUCAUGCUACAGCUGUUCGAUGAGGGCCGUCUUACAGAUGGGAAGGGGAAGACCAUUGAGUGUAAGGACGCCAUCUUCAUCAUGACCUCGAACGUGGCCAGUGACGACAUCGCUCAGCAUGCAUUGCAGCUCCGCCAGGAGGCCCAGGAGCUCAGCCGCAGGAAACUGGCACACACACACACAGACAGACAGGAUGAUGUCACCAUCUCCAGGCAGUUUAAGGACGCUGUAAUUCGCCCUAUUCUGAAGGCCCAUUUCCGGAGGGAUGAGUUUCUGGGGCGGAUCAAUGAGAUUGUCUACUUCCUGCCGUUCUGCCCCUCUGAACUACAGCAGCUUGUCAGCAAAGAGCUCAACUUCUGGGCCAAGAAGGCGAAGCAGAGGCAUGACAUCACUCUGCUCUGGGACCGCCCUGUUCUGGACCUGCUGGCUGGAGGUUACAACCUGCACUACGGAGCCCGUUCCAUCAAACAUGAGGUGGAGCGGAGGGUGGUCAACCAACUGGCAGCAGCCUAUGAGCAGGAGCUCCUUCCAAAGGGCUGUACCCUCCGCCUGUCUGUCCACUCAGAGGACAGGGGCGGGGCCGAGGGGCAGGAAGGGCUGGAGCAGGGCGUACCCAGUCUGCGUCUGGAGGUAGUGGGGAAGGACAGCACAGCACGGACGCUGGACAUACGCCCUCCUCUCAGCCCCGAUCACUAACACACAGCACCCACUGUGUAUAUAUACUCUGGGGUCUACUGUCGUCACAUCACCUCAUAAUAACCUAUCACCUCAUAAUAACCUAUCACCUCAUAGUCAUGAGUUGGUUUUCACGGAGCUAAUUAAGCAAUAAGGCCCAAGGAGGUGUGCUAUAUGGCCAAUAUACCAUGGCUAAGGGCUGUUCUAAGCACGACGCAACAUGGAGUGCCUGGACACAGCCCAUAGCUGUGGUAUAUUGGUCAUAUAUCACAAACCCCUGAGGUGCCUUAUUGUUAUUAUAAACUGGUCAAUGUAAUUAGAGUAGUAAAAAUAUUGUUUUGUCAUACCCAUGGUAUACAGUCUGAUAUACCACGGCAGUCAGACGAUCAGCUUUCAGGGCUCGAACCACCCAGUUUAUAAUGUAAAAUAAAACACGUCUCAUAAGAAACA